AUGGAUGUACUAGAUCAGGAAGAUGCAUCUGUUGGUGAUACUAGCGUCGCUGUCGCGAAGAGCACCGGAAUAGAUCCGAGUGAUCCGCUCUAUCUACAUCCAUCAAACAACCUUAGAGCGAUGCUCGUCUCAGUUCCUUUCAGUGGAAUUGGGUAUAGAUAUUCGAGGUGUAGUGUCAUGCGAGGUUUUUCCAUCAAAAAUAAGUUAGGAUUUAUAAGUGGGGAGUGCAAAUUACCAGAUCCUCAGUCUCAAAGGUUUCGUCAGUGGGAGCGAUGCGACGAUAUGGUAACAUCUUGGAUUGUAAAUUCACUCUCCAAAGACAUUGCAGACACUGUGGAAUAUGCUAAUAAUGCUGGUGUGCUGGACAUUACGGGUUAUUACAUUAAGUUGAAAAAGCUCUGGGAAGAGCUGAAUACUUUGAGUAAGAAGACACACUACAACUGUACCUUUACCUGUGGUGCCAAGGAGAACAUGGACAAGGCCGAGCAGGACAGGAGAUUAAUACAGUUCCUCGUGGGACUUAAUGGGAUCUACAAUGUCGUCUGUGGAAGCUAUUUUAUGAUGACUCUGCUGCCAACUCUUGCACAGGCUUUUUCACUACUCAUUCAAGAUGAGAAGCAAAGAGAGAUCAAACCAAAUAACCAAAUAUUUCUUGAGUCUACUGCCCUAAAUAUCAACACAUCAAAACUUGGUACCUACAGAACAAAUUACUCUGCCAAUAACAAUUCCACUGGAGGCAAUAGGCCUCGACCAUUUUGUGACUAUUGUAAGAGACCAGGGCAUACCAAGGACAAGUACUACAAACUGCACGGGUACCCUCAGAGCUUUGGAAAUUCACACACUCAGAGUUCAAAUGCAGGACAGAAUAUGAAUCAAGCUGUAAGGUUUAACAAGAGAAGGAGAAUAGUAGCCAGUGUGCAAGGUACCCAUACUGAAGCAAUGCUGGCUAAAAAUGAUGGAUCAUAA